ACUUCCUUGGUGUUGUCGUGGCAACGGGACUAACAAGCCUUGUAAAAAAACAUAACAAAAGCACGCAGCGUCAACUCACAAGACAUCUCAAAUUUAGGCUGAAGCUGUUGGUGGUGAUAAAAAAAAAUAAAAAAAGAAAUAUGAAGCGGAAUAGUUCAACAUUAACGGCCUCCUCUCGAAUGAUGAAACGAUCCACGUCGGGGAUGCAGCGAGUCCUCCAGAGUUCGAGGUACACGGGCAGCUUCACGGGUUUCCAGAGCCGAAAAGGCUCCCGGAUGCUCUCAGACAGUAAAAUGGGAAGAGGCAUCGUGCAUAGGAAAGCUAUCCGGGUGCUGGAUGAAGACGGCAACGACGUGACGCCGCGGCCGCUGUACGAGCCCGAGCCCAAGGACCCGCACGCCAAGCCGCAGAGAUUCUUUUUUGACGAUUUCUACGCCAGAUGGGACACCUCCAAAUCUUCCUCCUUCUCCAAUGUGCCCUCUUCCGGGUUAGGUAUGUGGAGCAGCAGCCUCGCCAGCAUGUCGACCCGAGUGUCCCUCGCCUCCCAAAGCGCUGUGGGCUUCAUCAAGGUGGACAGCGGCCAGCCGCCCGGUGUGACCACUUCUUCCCGAUCGGACGGCGUCCCGCGGUGGAGCAGAACUCGAUUAACGUUUGCAAUUUCGUGUCCCUUUCGAGAUUCAACCAGGCAAGCGGUCUCAGGGGGUCAGCCCGCGUCGGACGAGAUCGCCUUGGACGAGGUUCUGCACAUCUACUUGACCGAGACGGACACCAUGGCACUGCUGGAUCUGCCCGGCACCUGCAUGUCCGAGGAGGCUGAAAACGCACAGGCCGUUAAGGAGAGUAACGUCCUCUACAUCGAGCUGUGCAACAACAGACUGGGCAACGACAAGUACGUAGCGCGAGCCAUGCAGACCUUCGUGGGCGCCGCCAAACACAAAAAAGUCCAGAGCGACAAGAUUGUCAUGCACGAUCAAGGCACCAUCGCCACCAUCUGGGAAAUCUACGACUCGUUCCACAACGAAGCUCCGAAAGCGGAGAAAGGCGACGACGAGGAGCACGCCGUGGACGCCGGCAGGGAUGUGGAGCGGAUGCGGAGCGUCAGCAGCAUCAGCACGAUCAGCACCGUUAGUACCGGCAGCUCCCUGUUUUCCAUCAAGAUGCAAGGCGGCGACGUGAGCGACGAGCCGGAGCUUCAGGUGAUCUUCAAGUCGGAGACGUUCCAACGCAAUUUGCUCAUCGUGGAACGCUGCCUCGUCGCCAACGUCUUUCAACCCAAGCUGGCCGGUUACAGGAACCUCCCCGAGAUAAAAGUCAUCUAUCCCGGACCUGAGUGUGAGAAGGAGGACAAGGGAGAGGAGGAGGAGGAGGAGGAGGAGGAUGGAGAGGAGGAGGGAGAAGAGGGAGAGACGGCGGGGGAGGAGGCGAAGGAGCCGAAAGAGGAGGUGAAGGAGCCAAAGGUGGAAGAGGAGCAGGUGAAGGAUGAGGAGGGGAAGGAGGAAGAGGAGGAGGAGGAGGAAGAGGAAGCGGCCGAUCCAUCUCUGGAACUUCUCUGGACCUUCACUUGCGAGCUCACCAGGGGGCGCAACAUCACGUGCUUGACUUGGAACAAACAGAACUCGGAUCUGCUCGCAGUCGGCUACGGCGACUUCUGCCCCGGGACACCAGGCCUAAUCUGCUGCUGGUCCAUCAAAAACUUGAGCUGGCCAGAGCGUGUGUACCACUGUCAGAGCAGCAUCACGGCGCUGGAUUUCUCCUCCACCCACCCGGACAAACUGGCGGUGGGGAUGCUUGACGGCACAGUCGCCAUCUUCAGCGUGCGCAAUCGGGACAGCCACACGUUCCUCGCGAGCAGCUUGGAUUGCAAAAGGAGGCACGUUCACCCCGUCUGGCAAAUCACGUGGGCCAAGCAAGAACUGGGCCUUUCCGAGGAGGACACCGUGGAGUCCAUCGUGUCCGUGUCGGAGGACGGACGCGUCCUCAAGUGGCUGCUGUGCAGCCACGGGCUGGAGGGCAUCGACAUGCUGGAACUGAGGAGAAUCCAAGACGGCAUCAAGAAGGCCGAAGGCAACAAAACCAAGAAAGAGGGGAUUCUGGUUUCCACCGCGACGCCUGGUCUCUGCGUAGAUUUUCACCCCAAAGAUCCCAGCAUCUACUUGGCCGGCACGUCAGAGGGCGUGAUCCACAAGUGCUCCGUGUCCAACCAUCAUCAUUACUUGGCGCUUUAUCAGAAGCAUCUUUGCCCGGUCAACCGAGUGGAAUGGUCCCUGUUCAGCCCCGACGUGUUCCUGAGCUGCUCCGCCGACUGGACCAUCCAGCUGUGGAAGGAGGACUGCCUGACGCCGGUGAUGGGCUUCACCUCCGUCCAGAGUCCCGUGCUUUCCGUCAGAUGGUCCCCUCUCUGGCCCUCGGUCUUCGCCUGCGUCAAAAGUGAACAGCUGGAGAUUUGGGACCUCAACUCCUCUUUGCUGGACCCGGUCAUCGUGGAGCCCGCCGCACGAGGCAUCAACAUGACGUCCUUCCUCUUCACCAGGACAUCAGACUGCAUCCUGGUCGGGGACUCCAGCGGACAAGUCAGCUUCUACAGGAUCAAGGACCUCAGCGUUGGGCCGGGCAAGACGGUGCCAAGUUUGAAAGAACUCAUUCACUUUCCUUCUAGUAGUUAGUAGUUGGUAACCAACAAAAUAUGUGUUACUGACAUGCCCAUAAAAGUAUUUAUGCUUCAUUCAGUGUCUAAUGUGUUGCAUGUGAUCAUGAACAUGUAUGUAUAGAUAUUCCAUGUGAAUAUCAAUUACAUUGUUUCAAGUUUGUAUUGGAGUCGUGUUUCUACUUGAUUCUUGUUUCAUGUGGGAAAUGGAACUUACUACAUGACACCCAGUAAAAGGAAGCAGGAAUACACAUUAAUGAGGAGUACAUAAAAAAUUGAUCCACAUGUGUGUUGUGGUGUGUCGUCUUUGUACUUAAUUGCAGCUGUGCUUCAAGUUUCUACUUGAGACAUAUUUCAUGUUAGUUGGAGUCCUGUCUCUACUUGAGUCCCGCUUUUAUUGGAAUGUUUUUUCUCCUGGAAAUGUUCCAUGUUUCCACUAAAGUCCUGUUUCAAUCCGA